CAGCGGAAGGGGCAUGAGUGACAUGCGUAAUGACUAACAAAAAAGGCGGGAAGAUCGAACGAGAAAAACAACUAAUAUCAACAAAGAAUGUCUUUAAAAAAGCUUUAAAAAAAGCCAUAAAAAAGCCCCAUCAACAUGCCUACACAGACUAUUAACAGCCUAGGGAACGACAUGUUGUCGAAAUACAAUUUUUUACUUCAGCCAAUUAGAGAUUUAACGAAAAAUUGGGACAUUGAUGUGGCAGCUCAACUUGAAGAAUAUUUGAAUGAGAUCGAAAAAAUUCAAAUAUCUUUCGAUGGAGGUAAAACUACGAUGAAUUUUGCUGAAGCGGCACUUUUAAUUCAAGGAUCAGCUUGUAUUUACAGCAAAAAGGUUGAAUAUCUAUAUACGUUAGUCUACCAAACUUUGGACUUAAUUGCCAGUAAAAAGCGACUUCAGCAAGCCGUAUCGGUAGAGGAUAGGGGUCCAGAUAACGAUGUAACUUUGGGUGGAGAAGAAGAGUUUUUAUCUUUAGACGAUAUUCAAGAAUCUAAAAACAUCGAUUUAAAAGAUGACGACUACAACAUCAAGAAUGAGGCAUCUCAAAUCAUUCCAAGAACACCUCUAGCUUUAAUUCCCCURGGGGAACGGGACAGGCAAGAUAUGUUACUUAGUCACACAGGUGAAGUGCUGGGUAGUAGAAACGACUUCAAGAUGAAUACAUGCACAGUUCACUCUUCUGGUGCGUUGUUACUUGAUCUUGGCAAUCUAACAUUGGCUGACAGCUCAUUCAGAAGACUUCCUACAUCGACACCGCAACCUACAUGUGGUAUACUACAACAAGAGACAUGCAAGGAUCAACAGGAUCACCAACCAUUAGAAGAACCAGCAACAGAUAAUCAGUUUCCUGUUCCUGAUACAAACAUGUAUAAUGAUGGUGAUGAUGGCUAUGAUGAUGGUGAUGCUGGCGGCGGUGCUGAGGAAAUGUAUCAACAAGAUGUGUGCGAAGCCGAUCAGGGAGAACAGGAACCAUCAAGAAUGGAACUUAGAAGAAGAGACAAACAACAGCAGCAACAAUAUCAACCACAGAAACUGCAGGUUCAGGAUUCAUGGGAGUUGCUAGAUCCUCACAACCCUGGAAAACACGAUGAAAAACCAUUUAGAAAGGGGAGGCCGUUCAAGCUUCCUGCAUCAUUAAUGGAAAUGAGCAAAAAAGAUAACAAGAAGAAAAGAAAAAGAAAUGAAACAACAGAAAAGAAGCAAGUUCUAAUACCGCUACAAGAGUUUUGUACAAUGGCUUUUCAUUCACAUGCCUCUAAAUUUCCAAAAAAUCCUCUCAAGGCUCCAGUCUAUAAAGAGUUUGAGUAUCUUUACUGGGUUGAGUUCAGAAGACGACAGGAACUGGAAAAGAAACAAAAGAAGAUGCUUGCAGAAUAUUUGACUCAAGAACAAAUAGAGGACUUGGAYGCUGUUGUACCAGAAAAUAAUGAGAUUGAACAACAAGAAGAUGGCCCUGUGUAUGUAGGUCCAGAGGGCAAUGAUGACUAUGGUGAUGAUGAUGACAAUUUUAGUGUCCCUGAAAACAACAUGCCUGAUAAUGAUCAACUAAUGGCUCCAGAAGAGCCUCAAGAAGAACUGUUAGUUUCAGGCUAUGAAGACCUUGUGCGUAGAUAUGUGCACCUUUAUUUGUUUUGUCCAGAAAAAGAAGUGAUGCCAUUUGCUGAAAUGAUGAAAAAUAAGGAACCAUUUGAGAUAUGUCGCUACUUCCUGGCAACGCUACAGCUGGCCAACAAUUACAAUGUUGAAGUCAGCUCAGAGGAUGCAACGAAGAGAGUAGACACAAUGAAGCUAAAGCUACUCCAUAAAACACCAGCGCACGAUGCAAUCCAAUCCUACAGGGCUCCAUCCAUCAUGACAUAGAAUAGUCCAAACCAACCCAUUCCAGUCAACUAAAUUUAAGUCGGAUUUCUCUUUCUCUUACCUUAGGGCUUAAAAUAACUGCUGGCCAAUCACUGGUCAUAAUGACGACCACUAUAUAUAUACCUCAAUCAUACCUGGUAUCUCCCUGACCCUUACUGGUCAAAAUGACCGGCAAGUGUUAAGUGUGCACCUUCGAGCGCAUUAUGYAAUGAGCCCUUGGCUCGGGAGAUUUAGGCAACCACUCCCCGUGCUAUCGAAGUAAAAUGAACUCCCUUCAACUUUUUGAUUGGAAAAGUUCCAAUACUCCUUUUUACAGUUCCAUUCAGUGACCACGAAUAAUAGUUCCUAGCCGAGGGCUGGAGUUUCCACGCAUAGCAAAACUACAGUUUAUCAUGCACGGUAACUCCAGCCUUGGCUAGGAACUAUUAUUCGUGGUCACUGAAUGGAACUAUAAAAUGGAGUAUUCUGGUGGAAAAAUUGUCAAAAGAAUGAUGGUUAUUUUUGGCCCUGGACCAAUACUACACUUUCAUCACGUUAUUGACUGUCAUUAAUAUUUAUAAUUUUGCUUAGGUUCAUAAUUACGUGAGCAACACAACCAAAUAUUUGGCUUCUAUCUAUAAAGAAAUACUAAGAGGUUGGGUUUUUAACUUGUAGUUAUUAAACUAAACCUAGGGCUUGGUUGUACGAAGCAUGAAUAGCGCUAUCCGAUGGAUAAAUCCUUAUCCAGUGGAUAAGUCUUUGCUGUUAUCCAAUAAGUUUCGUGUUUAGUGUGGCAAAGGGUAAAAUUGAGGUUUUGUUGAACAUUUUUAUAUCAGAAAAAAAGAGUUUGCUGUCAACUUUCUCUUUUACUCCGACGAAGGACUAGUGUCCGAAACAUCAGUAAGUUUUUUCAUCUUUUCACAGUGUAUAAUUUACCCUUUUAUCAUUACUAGAGU